UCGUUAAUGAAUUAGACCUUAAGGAUGUAUUCAUUUUACUGCUUUGUAGACCCGAGUUUAUAAUUUUAGAGUAUAGAGGAGGGUGAAGUGUCUUCUUUGCUGUUACUGGUUAGGCUUAAGUUUCACAUGAUUCAAGCAUGGAUGGAUUUGGUGACAGUUUUGUACCUGCAGCAGAAGUAGCUCCCUCUACUGGUGAAGUUGACCCAGCUGCCGAAUUUUUAGCUCGUGAACAGGAUCAGUUGGCCGGCAUAGAUGAUGACUUGAUACCAGCCGCUCCAGCCAGUGAUGACCCUGUAGCUGCACCUCCGGCAGGUGAGGAACCUGCAGGCCUUGAUGGCGCAGCUGACUUCUUUGGGGGUGCUCCCCCUAUGAAUGGUGGCCCAGACCUCGAGAGUUUUGAGAUGCUGGGCGGAGAUGAGGUUGCCCGAGACCAAGCUACGGCUCCAUCUCAGCCCUCGGGAGAAGAUCCCUGGGCUGCUGGCCAGUCUUCUGAAGCACCGCAAGAGACUUUUUCCCAACCUCCGGAUGAAGGAGGCCUUGGGUUUAUGGAGCCCCUGUCCUCCCAAACAGGUCUGGUUGGUGAAGGAGAGGGGUUCCUGCCCACCUCUGAUCCAGUGGGAGCAGCAGCUGACGCAGCAGCAACAGCACCCGAGAGGGAUUAUUCUGGCUUUGGCAAUGACUUUGGGGAACCAACUAUGCCAGCUGGUGAUGCCAGCGCUUCUGCUGGGGUUUUCUCUGGUGUGGGUGAAUCUGACCUUCCAGAGGGAUCCUCUUAUCCUGAACCAGGUAAAUACAUGGGUUCUGUUUUCUGUGCAGCUCUUAAUUAGGUGUUAAUAGAAUUU